GCAGUGCAGAAUUUUCCUGUCGAAGUGCAGCAUCUCUGAUCUCUUUGUUAUUGUCUUGUCAAUUAUGUUCAAUCUUCCAUUAACUCACAAACGCUUUGCUCGCUGCUGUACACACGAGUAAUUUGCAAUGCAGUCAGUGUGGAAAUUGUCGUGUCUUCUUCCACUUUUUGUACUAUUUUUCACAUCAUGCUUAUCCGAGGUAAACAUAUCAAAGAAUGAAGAUUUAAUUUACUACGACUACUCCGAGGAGGAAGGAAAUCCCCGAAAUUUCGACACAGUCGAUCAGGAGAUGAAUGAAGCCAUUGACCGGGAUUUCCAGGAACAUAAUGCCAUAGAUAACAUCAUGUACAUCUACGGGAGUGAACGUAAGACCGUAUCCGGGAAGAAUAUCCUGAGUGUUGGCAGUACUAUUGCUCUCCUGGCGCAAACUAUGACCAUCAUACUCAUCUAUGUGCGAAAUAGGAAACUUCCCCGUCGUAAUGUCUUCUACCCGAUUGUGAUAAAUUUCCUAUGCGUGAGUUUUAGCGCAAAUUUUGUCUUCAUUGUUGGCGUUCAGGCAUCCUCCGGGAGUGCCUUUAGUUGUGAAAUAAUCGCCCUCGUCAUCCAUUUCUUGCAUCUAAGCGUAGCACUGUGGGGUCUCAUCUACAUCCAAACGAUCUACGUGUUCAUGGAAACGGACACGGGUCCAAAUAUGCGCCAAACAUACCUCACAGCAUAUGGGCUUCCGAUUUUCUACAUCACCUUCUCCUACAUCCUCACCGGAAAUGGCUACGAGACACGUCACUUUUGCUGGCUCUCAGUUCAUCGUGGCAUGAUUGUCAACUACCUAAUCCCCAUUUCUCUACUAAUUGUAACCACAACAAUCCUGGCAACUAUAACACUACGCAACCUACGACGGAAGCAGCAGGAGGGAUUUGUGGAGGAUUUCGGUGGAGUUGUCAUGGAGGGGUUGUCUCAAUCAACGGCAGAAUGCCGACGAGAUCAGUAUGAUUCGAAAUUUGAAUUGGAAUCCCUCUCUCUGGCUGAUCUGUCCAUACAGAGCUCUCUCGAGGUUGAGGACUACAUCGGCUUCCGCAGUGCUGUGCGUGUUUCCCUCAUUUUUGAACCUCUCUUCUCCAUUUGCUGGUUCCUCGGUGUGGUGGCACUUGAAAAUCGUGACACAUGGACCAUGCCAAUUGUCUACGUGGUCACCUUCAACAUCCUCAAUUGGUCCCUACUCCUGGCACGCAACAAAAUCUGCCCCAUAAUGAAUGUUUCGCAACCCCUUGGGGACACCACCCUGGCCACAGAGACUGCUCGAAAGGUUGAUGAACUGAUUGAGAAUGGCACGGUUAAGGGUGCAAUGAAUCAUACACCCUGCACCGAUACAAUACCCCUUCUUGUGAGCAAUCACACCAGGGAUUGCCCCGAAGUGAUUAUAUCGUCACCAAGUAAGACCGGAAAGACACAGAGCAGUGUACCGGAAUAGGACAUAGUACGUUGCCAAGAGCUAUACCCAAAAGAAAAAAAAUUAGACUCAUUCCCCCAGAUGGACUAAAUAAAUUGACUUCAAUUAUACAUUUUAGCACCUUAUAUUGGAAAUAAAUUCCGUAUACUCACA